GUGUCCUUCUCGCUUGGCGCGCGUUGUAACGCGUUUGGACGCACGACGCGUGCGGCGCGCUUCCAGACAGCGCGAGAAAGGCAGUGUCGCCUUUUGUGGAGUGUCGCUCCCGAAAGAAUCAAUGCGAAUACGAGAAAAAACGCGUCCCGAUCUGCUGAGCAUCAGGGCGUGCUAGUCUUUUGACAGCUAACCGAUCAGUGUUUCCCAUUAAUAAUAAAUGAUGGGUCUAAAUCAUGGUGCCACUGGAGGUCUGUAACGCGAAACGCGCUGGACUUGAUUGCUCAUUGCUUUCACUUAGAGAAAAGGAGCUCAGCUGUCAAUGCAGUUUCCUAGUAAAGGCAGUUCUGCGUAUUUUGCCGUCUAUUAAAGGCAGCCUUUGUUUUCCCCCCCCCCAUGCACGUGUGCAAAGAGCCAUUCACAGAAGACGGGCGUUUGUAAUGUUAGUGGAGCUUAUGAAGAUUGUCAUUUCGUUCUUUUAUCCAAUUAGAAACGAGAACAGAAAAAAUAACAGGAGCGGACCUUUGGAUUAUUCAGUGGCGAUCAACACGAAAUGGCCACUUUCAUUUGACCACUUUAUGAGCAUUUCAAAUAACCAAUGAGAAAUGAGUUACAGGGGUGACAUGACUAUCAUAUGUGAGCACCACCCUCCUGAGGUGACAGUAGAGGUUGUCAGAAUAUUAAGGAUUUACAGGACAAAAACAAUUUUAAGAUCGGCGCUGCCAAACAAAAUCCACGGACUCUGUGGAAGACUUCUCACAUGUUUUGGUUGAUUGUAAGAGUCAGUCGUCUUUGAAGGAUAGCCUAAUUAUAGACAUUGACUGGAUGCAGAACGCCGUUCUCCAAUGACCUGUCACUCAUCCGACUCCACGGAAAGCAUCGAGAAUGAAAGGCGAUCGCAAACCGAAACCCAAGUCGCGGAGUCCGACCAGAGUCGCAUUGCCACUGCCAUGAGAGACCUUAAAAACACUGAAGAUAAUCACGAACAUAUCGGAGAAGUGAAUGUCAACAAAAAAAGCUGGUAUUGGGGCAGCCUUACAGCCAAUGAAGCCAAGGAGAUCCUGCAGGACACGUCGGAGGGCACAUUUUUGGUCCGAGACAGCUCUCAGAGGGACUACCUCUUCACCAUCUCCGCCAUGACAUCUGCGGGACCCACCAACCUGCGUAUCGAAUACAAGGACGGUAAGUUCAAGCUAGACUCCGUGGUGCUGGUCAAACCCAAACUCAAGCAGUUCGACAGCGUCGUCCAUCUCGUGGAGCAUUAUGUGCAGCUGUCACGGACAUCUUUUAAGGGCAACACUACCCCUCUCGCCCCAUCCAAAGGCACCGUGCAGCUGCUGCUCACGACUCCGGUGUACACGGCCACACCGUCUCUGCAGCAUCUGUGUCGUAUUGCCAUCAAUAAAACCACACGGCAGGUACAAGAACUCCCUUUGCCGAACCGGCUGAAGGAUUACCUGACAGACUACACUUAUAAUGUAUAGAACCAAAUGGACAAUGAUUACCAUAAGUGAUGGGGUUCUAUGGAACAUAGACCCAGUGAUAAUGAGGUGCUGAUGUACUGUUUAGGAUCUUUUGCCUGGGAUCCCUCAUCUUGUGCCCAAGGACUACUUUAAAAGGAUAGUUCACUGAAAAAAAUAAAAUCUGUCAUUAAUUACUCACCCUCAUGAC